AAUAUGGAGGAUGGCGAUGAAGAAUCGUGUGUGACUUUAUUCUCUCAAUUCGGUAAAGUUUUCGUUUGGAACCCUGAGGAUGCUAAAAAAAUUCGGGUUAAAUAUCGCAUAGUUGGAUCACUCAUUGGAUCAUUACCUCGCAAACCAAAACAGAACCAUUGCUUUUCUCUGCCGCUUCUUCUUUCCAAAGCAGAGGCCACGCUGCUUAUCGAUAAGGGAUUAGCAACGAUAUUUGAUUUGCCUGAAAAUCUCCCAGCUCCGUCGAAUAAAGAAAUUGAAACGUUUAAUGAGCUUCGCCGUGACAGCGCUGUGAAACAAAUAGAGUUAUUUGAAAGAGAGAGAGAGGAAAAGCAGAUGGAAUUAGCGGAAAUUAUCGAGGAGGGAAGGAAACGGAAAAGAAAACUGAGAGAGACAGAUAAAGGGAUAACUAAGCCAGUGAAAAAAGUGAAAAGUGAAGAUUUAGACGACAACACUCCUGAAGAAUUCUGCCAAAAGGGAGAAAAAGUUGGCAAUCGUUUGGAUACGAAAUGGAAUAUUGACAAUGGUUUGACAAGUAAUGAAGAAACAGGAAACAAAACCGAUUGCGCUGAAGCCAGUUUAGCCACUUCUUUUAUUAAAAACACUGAAAAUGAAUUGGGAUGUAAAUGCAAGGACAAGUCUUGCUUGCAGAGAGUGUCACCUAACUGUGAUAUUAAUUAUGAAGGAAAAAAGUCUUUGUCAGCCCUUGGAACUUUGAUUCACAUUCCAACAAUUAUGCCAUCUCAAAGACUCCAGGCUUUAUCAGCUGCACAUUGGACAUACCCCUAUACAGAAACUGAAAAGCUACAUUACAGGGUAUUUUUGGACUUGUGGUCAAAAGGAUAUUAUUUGACAUCUGGUGUUAAAUUUGGAGGAGAUUUACUAGCGUAUCCUGGUGAUCCAAUGAGGUAUCACUCAUUUUACAUUGUUAUAAUUGUUCCAUGGGGAAAGAAGAUGACUCCAUUUGAGAUGAUCUCAGCAGGAAGACUGGGUGCUGCUGUGAAAAAAACAGCUCUUAUUUGUUCUGUAAAUGGUGAGACAGAUGAGAUUUUGUAUACAUCCAUCAAGUGGAGUGGGAUUAGUUAAAAAUUUAAAGAGGUAAUGAUAACAAACUUUAGAUUUGAUUUCCAAAUCAAAUUAGUAUAUACACACUCAGUGAUCUUGGUAUUUCAAGCAAUCUGAUUGGUUUGCUAUCUCAUGCUAAUCAACAAUGUACACCUCCGAGCGAGUGGAUAAUGUGAAAAACAAAAUAGCGGGUGUAAACUCGCGUUUUGCUUAAGUUCAGAAGCAGAAAUUGCCUUUAAAUGGCUUCCUAUUAAUUUUGUUGAGAUCACUUCAUGUGUAUAUACUAA